CGCGGAGGCGAUUCCGCGUCUGAGGACGAGAAGGGGCUCCCGGUGUGGCCGUUUGAGGGCAGGUAUGACUAUAGGUAGAGAAAUUUAAACUUUUAGUUCAUGCAGGAAACUUCACCAGCAUCUAAUUCAAGCAGAGGUAAGAUCUACGAAUUGAAAAUGCCAUCUUUGGCGGAAAUUGUUGUUAUUAAGAGAAAUGGGACUGAUGGAACUCAUUUUCCGCUCACUUCAAACUCUUGUGUGUUUGGAAGGAAAAAAGAAUGUGAUAUUCGAAUCCAGCUUCCUCAAGUUUCUAAAGAACAUUGUAAAAUUGAAAUAAAUGAAAAUAAAGAAGCAGUGCUGUUUAACUUGAGUUCUGCGAAUCCAACACAGCUAAAUGGGACUCUCUUUCAAGAUCCCACACACUUAAAACAUGGAGAUAUACUUACAAUUAUUGAUCGUUCUUUCAGAUUUGAAUAUCCACGUUCAUCACUUCCUCAGAAGAGACUUUCUAGAUCUCAAGAGAAGGAAACAUUACAGAUUCUUCAUGUUCAGCAUAUGCAACAGAUGGACUUGCUGCACCCGCAGAACUCAGAUUACAAAAGUUCUCCGAUUACUGACAAGAAAUUUGAAAUUUGCUCUCCUAAAAGAAAUGAGAAAAGACUUCAAAAACAAUACAGCACAGCUGAAUUUAAUUGCAAAACGCCGAGCGUUGAAAAAGCAAAUGAAUUGUCUCCUUUUAGCAAACUUUAUGAAUUAAUGAAACAUAAAGAUGGUACAGGCAAUGUAAAGGAAAAUACUGGUGAUGAGACCUUGCUGGAAGAUGUAUUUUACUCAAGAUCUAGGAGGUCCGCAAUGCGUCGAGCAAAGUCAACUAAAGUUGAACAAUCUGAAGACAGUAAAAUUCAAGGAAACCAUGAUCUUGUAGCAAGUCCAAUACCAACAUUUGAAGAGAAGAAUUCUGAAAAAUCACCAAACACUCAAAAUUGUGAUACACGACAAAAACAAGAAUGUGAAGGUACAAAUCAGUCAGAUGUUAACAACAUAGAAGAUGAUGAAGUGGGAAAGCAUGCACAUUUUAAAGCCAACCAGCAGAGCGCACAGCAUUUCCCUGAAACAAGUAUACAGUCAUUGGACGAUGCAGAAAAGGCUAAGUGCCUUAACAAAUUUAACGUAAUAGAUGUUUUCACAUCUGUAGAAAAUGCUUUGCCCAAAACAAAGCCUAGCUGGGAGAGUACUCAGAAGUAUUCCAGUCCACAUUCUAGAAGGUCUAGAAGAUCUUCCAAGUCCAGAAGGACAGGGGUUGAAGUAGAGUCACUGAACAGAAGGAAGAGCUCUGGAGAAAUGAAAGAGUGCCCUGUACAAGUUAGUGAGCAGGAGCAUGAAUCUGGUAUUUUGGUUGAAAAUAUAUAUUCUAAAGCAAAUGAAAAUAGAGAGCUGGUCACAGAAACAGCGCCUAAUCUGAAAGACUCAGAAGAUGGAAAUUCUAGUACUGUUUUCAGUUCACGUCAUCUUAAUACUAGUGAAAACUGCAAUAACAACAUUGAACUAAAUAAAACUAUUUCAAAUGGAUAUUCUUGUAUAGAGGCAGUAGAUAAAGAAUCAAUGAUUCCUGCAAAUCUUUCCCAAACCAGUGAAAUAAUGGCAAAUGAGAUUCCAGAAAAAACCUUGGAAACGAAAUGUCCUGCAAAUGAAAAUAAAAAAAUAGGAACAGAAAGCCAUGAGCAGAAUGUUAAUAUGAAAAACGAUAUGCCUACUUUUUCCAGUUAUGAAAGCAGAGUUCAAAUAUCAGCCAAGGUUAAUGCUGUUUCUGAAAUGAACGUGUUAUGUCCACUUAACAAAAAGUCAGAGGCUAGGAAAUCACCUCAAAAGCGUAGAGGUACAGAACUAGAUCUUCUAGUCCAAUCACUUGGAAAGAGGAGGAGAGUGUCUUUUGGUGGCCAUCUGAGUCCUGAACUCUUUGAUAAGCGCUUACCUCCAAACUCGCCACUUAAAAAGGGGGCCAUUCCAGCAAGAUUAAGCAUGCCAUUUGGAAACUCACCAAGAGCAGUUCUGAAAAAAGCUGCAGAAGUAAGGCAGUCUGUAACACAGGGUUCCUUUGAGAGGAAGCAAUAUGAAAAUAUUGUGUCAAGGCAAGCUGACUUAGAUAGUGUGCCCCAAAGGCAACAGUGUAUCUCUGAUCCUCAUGUUGCAAGAAGUCUAUCUUCAGAGGCUGAAGCAACUUCUACACAAGAGAGGCAUACGGAUAGCUUAGUCAGUGAAUUUAAAAAAGCAGCAUCUAAUGCCACUUCAUCGUUAAGGAGCAAAACCUGUACGAGGAGAAGUUCUAUAAGUAGAAAAAGUGGAACUGUGGGUACUAUUCGUUCCAAAAGACGAAGUGGUGCUUCUGAAGCCAACUUGAUGGUUGUGAAGUCUUGGGCAGAAGUAGUGAAACAAGGUGUUCCAAAAGUGCAACUGAAGUCUGCUUCAAAACAGGUGUUUAAAACAAGAAAGACGAAGAAAGUGGCAUCAAAAUCAUCAAAGAAUAAUAAUUCUUUAAAAACACCAAAAAGAAAAAUUAGUGGUCACUUCUCAACAGGACAUGCAAAUUCUCCUGCUCCAAUUGUGAUUGGAAAAGCUCAUACUGGAAUUUUGAACGUAACUGCACAGGUUCCUACAGUGAUGAACAAUUAUCCUUUGAAAAAGCAUUGUGACCUCAAUGAAAGUUUUACAGGGUUGGCUGAAAUGUUCUGCAGUCCACCAAAUGGAAAAGAGAAAAGUUUUGUACCAGAAACUCAGAUAUCAGAAAUAAAUGCAUCAGAAGAAUUUGAAAAAAACUCUGUUUUGGAUGUUAAUAUUUCAAGCCAAAAAAGAGCUUACAAGAGCAGUAAAGAUGUAAUAUCUCCAGCACUGGAAGAAGUAUCACAAAUACCCAUUCAUGAUAAUUUAAUGGUAUCACUAAAUGAAAGAAAUAUAAUGGGAAUGGAAGAAAAAAACCUGCAACAAGAAUCAGAACCAGGCAGACAGGUUUUGGAAAUCAAGAGACUCUUGAAGACAAAGAAGGAAAAAUCUGAACCUCUUGAGGCUCUUUCAGGGGUCAAGAGGCUCCUGAGGACACCAAAGAAAACGUCAGAGCCAGUCGAGGCGCUUUCAGCAGUCAAAAGACUCUUGAAGACACCUAAGCAAAAGUCAGAGCCAGUCGAGGCUCUUUCAGGGGUCAAGAGGCUUUUGAGGACACCAAAGCAAAAGUCAGAUCCAGUUGAGGUGCUUUCAGCAGUCAAGAGGCUCUCGAAUAGACAUAAGGAAAAGUCAGAGCCAGACGAGAUGCUUUCAGAAGUCAAGAGGCUCUUAGAGACACCUGAACAAAAAUCUGAAUCUGAUGAGACGCUUUCAGGAGUCAAGAGGCUUUUGAGGACACCUAAGGAAAAAUCUGAAUCUGAUGAGACACUUUCAGGGGUCAAUAGGAUUUUGAGGACACCAAAGCAAAAGUCAGACCCAGUUGAGGCGCUUUCAGCAGUCAAGAGGCUCUCGAAUACACCUAAGGAAAAGUCAGAGCCAGACGAGAUGCUUUCAGAAGUCAAGAGGCUCUUAGAGACACCUGAACAAAAAUCUGAAUCUGAUGAGACACUUUCAGGGGUCAAUAGGAUUUUGAGGACACCUAAGGAAAAAUCUGAAUCUGAUGAGACACUUUCAGGGGUCAAUAGGAUUUUGAGGACACCAAAGCAAAAGUCAGACCCAGUUGAGGCGCUUUCAGCAGUCAAGAGGCUCUCGAAUACACCUAAGGAAAAGUCAGAGCCAGACGAGAUGCUUUCAGAAGUCAAGAGGCUCUUAGAGACACCUGAACAAAAAUCUGAAUCUGAUGAGACGCUUUCAGGAGUCAAGAGGCUUUUGAGGACACCUAAGGAAAAAUCUGAAUCUGAUGAGACACUUUCAGGGGUCAAUAGGAUUUUGAGGACACCAAAGCAAAAGUCAGACCCAGUUGAGGCGCUUUCAGCAGUCAAGAGGCUCUCGAAUACACCUAAGGAAAAGUCAGAGCCAGACGAGAUGCUUUCAGAAGUCAAGAGGCUCUUAGAGACACCUGAACAAAAAUCUGAAUCUGAUGAGACACUUUCAGGGGUCAAUAGGAUUUUGAGGACACCAAAGGAAAAGUCAAACCCAGUUGAGGGGCUUUCAGCAGUCAAAAGAUUCUUGAAGACACCUAAGGAAAAGUCAGAGCCAAUUGAGGCUCUUUCAGAAGUCAAGAGGCUCUUAGAGACGCCUGAACAAAAAUCUGAAUCUGAUGAGAUGCUUUCAGGGGUCAAGAGGCUUUUGAGGACACCUAAGGAAAAAUCUGAAUCUGAUGAGACACUUUCAGGGGUCAAUAGGAUUUUGAGGACACCAAAGCAAAAGUCAGACCCAGUUGAGGCGCUUUCAGCAGUCAAGAGGCUCUCGAAUACACCUAAGGAAAAGUCAGAGCCAGACGAGAUGCUUUCAGAAGUCAAGGGGCUCUUAGAGACACCUGAACAAAAAUCCGAAUCUGAUGAGACACUUUCAGGGGUCAAUAGGAUUUCGAGGUCACCAAAGCAAAAGUCAGACCCAGUUGAGGCGUUUUCAGCAGUCAAGAGGCUCUCGAAUACACCUAAGGAAAAGUCAGAGCCAGACGAGAUGCUUUCAGAAGUCAAGAGGCUCUUAGAGACCCCUGAACAAAAAUCUGAAUCUGAUGACAUGCUUUUAGGAGUCAAGAGGCUUUUGAGGACACCAAAACAAAAGUCAGAGCCAGUCGAGGAGCUUUCAGCAGUCAAAAGACUCUUGAAGACACCUAAGCAAAAGUCAGAGCCAAUCGAGGCUCUUUCAGCAGUCAAGAAGCUCUUAGAGACACCUGAACAAAAAUCAGAACCUGUGGAGGUGUUUUCAGCAAUCAAGACACUGAAAACACCCAAGCAGACUAUGGCGCCUCUUGCUGAUGAUAUCUAUACUAAAUCUAGGUUAUCUACUGAAGAAGUAUCAAAAGACAUGAUUGGAAGUGUUACCAAAAAUAAAACACAAAUUAUGGAAGAUACAAAUAUUAAUGACAUUACUGAGGAAGUUAAGGAAACUGUGAAGACAAUAGAAGAUAGAAGAAAUAAUCAAAUGAUGUCAGCAAAAGAAAGAUUUGAACCCAUGAAUAAUAUGGUUGGCAGCAGUCAGACAUUGAAAGCAUCAAAAUCUAUGCCAACUGAUGACUACUUGGGAUUGCAGAAAUUUAUGGUUGAACCUCGAGAGAGUUCUGUAAUUCCUGAUAUAGGUUAUACAGGUGUCAAAGAAACGUUGGACACUGAAAAUGAUAAGGAUAAAAUGCCGGAAUCUCUGAAUUUUGUGGAAGAAAAUGGAUCUUAUACCAGUUCCAGAAAUAAACUGGACUCCAUGGAAAGUGUGCCUGGAAGUUGUGAAGCAAACCUGGAAAUGAAAAUUGAAAAAGAAUCUCAUUUUCCAGUUACAAAAAGUAACAGUAGUGUUCCAAACCAUGUAGGCCACAUUGCAUGUAAUUCAUUUAGUGAAUUGAAAACAGAGUUCAACAACAAAACAACCAGAACAAUCUCUCUCUCUGAAAACUACGAGCCAGAUGGAAUGAGUUUCAAAAAUGAAGCCGAAACUGAUUUUGUAAAGGAAGCAGCUGAAAAUUCUGAUGCAUUAAAACCAGAAAACCCUGAACCACUUGCUUCGGCUAGAACUAGGAGAAAGAAGAUAAAUGACUGCAGUUCUGCAAUAGAUACAAAGAUGAUUCAGAGGCCUACAAAGAAUAGAUCAACAUCAGCUAAUUGUGAGCAAAUCAUUGAAAGUUUUGACAGCCACACAGAACUAAACCCAUCACACAAAUCUGAAAGCAAUUUUACAACAAUUGAACCAACCAAAUUAUCUAAAAGAGGAAGACCAAAAAAGCAAUACGUUGAAACAAAUGGGAAUAUAGGAUCUGACAACAUAAACUAUACUCAGGAAUUAGAAAAAUCUUUAAAGGAAGUAACAGUGGAAAAACAGCCUGUAAACAGGAGAAAAGUGCCAACUAAAAGAAAAGGAAAAACUGUAACAAGUAUGGAUUUGGAAGAAAAUGGACCAAUUCAAGAAAACGAAAGUGAUUUAACUGCCAAAACAAGGCUAAGAUCUAGAAAUGUAAAAAAGAGUGCAAGUGAUGUAAAGACAUUUGCCAAAGGUAAAGCGAAUGAUACAGUGUCAGAAGAAGAAAGUAAUAAAAGAAAUAAGAGAAGAAAGAUGGCCGCAACAGAAUCAACAUUAAUCACAACUUUGAAUGCAGAUAGGCAUGAAAAGCAAAAAUGUACAAUAUCUAAAAUAUGUAAAACCGAAGCUUCAGAAAAUAAUAUAACAGCAGUGGAAGAAAAUUUAGUGAAGAAGAAAAAAGUACAAUUUCUACUUAGGGAGUCCUUUAAGGCUUCUGAAGAAAAAUGUGCACUUAGUUAUGAGAGUAAUAUUCAGAGAGAAGAAGAAAGUCAAACUGAAAACAUUUGUAAUGGGAUUCCAAAGGUUUCCCUAGAAAUCAUGCAAACUCCUGUGGAGCCCAGUCCUCCCAGAAUAGAAAAGCUAUCAAGAAAGAAUCUGCGUAGCAGAGGUAGAGGCAAAAAAUCAGUUUUCAGUCCUUCUGUAGAAAGUGAAAACAAUCGGGCCUCUGAUGGGAAAGAUCAUGAUGUGAUUGUCAGUCUAAAAGAAAACCAGCCCAGAAGAGGCAGAAGGAGAAAGAUAGAUCAAGUUCUCCUCAAAUCUAUUCCUUUAGAAAAUAAUACUUCUGGAGAUUCAGCAGUGAGCAAAUGCCCUUCAUCCCCAGGCGGAUGUUCUUUGCCACAAGUUCAAAAAGAAAAUUUUGAAGAAUCUGAAAUGUUGCCAUUAGAAAAUGUGCAAAGUCAUGAAGGGCGCAUUCCGCCAAAAAAGGUAGUAAAAGAAAAUCCACCCAGGAGGGGAAGAAGCAAGCAAGUCAACGAAACAUCCGGUAUUAAAGAAGCUGAUGUCCAAGGUCCAAAUAUGGCCAUCAGACAAGAGGAUAAUCAGUCCAAAAGGACAAGAGGGAAGAGAGAUACUCAAAAAUCCUGUUCACUGAAGAGCCAAAGGACAGUGAAAGAGAAUCCACCCAGGCAAGGCAGACGUAAAAAAACUAUUUCUGGUGACGUUUCUAUAAAUUCUGACAGUGCACACAUAAUCCCUAUAAUAGAGGAAACUAUGGAUGGCAAAAAUGCUUGUCUUGCAAAGGAGGAUCAAUCAAAAGUAGGUAGAAGAACAAGAAACACUGUUGUAUUCCAUAAAAUCCUUUCUGUCAAAAACGACACUUGUCCAAACAGAGGGGAACAUUCCGAUGAACAGCCAAAUGAAGAUUUGAAGACAGCAAAUAAUGCAAGUGAGAAUUUCACCUACAACUGUAGAAAAAGGAAAGCUGUUCAUGAAAUUUCAGCGAACUCAGUUUCUUCCAGUAAAAAAUCUGAAUGUAUUGAUGAUGACAUUCAACAAAAUGGAAAGAAAAAUUCAAAAACUGUAUCAAAACAAAAUACAACCAGAAAUAAAAGGAAACGAUUAACACCUUGUGGAAUGAUGAAUGAUGAACUAAGAAUUAACAGUAAAAAGAGUCCACUAGUAACAGAUAAUGUUGGUCCUUUAGAAAACAAUUUUGGAAAACACCAAUCAAAGAAGCAAAGAGAAGAAACAAAUAUUACAUCACUAGUUUCUCCCUCCUUGAAAGUGAGUAUCACUUUGUCACCAUUAUCCUCUAAUGAAAAUCAAAAUGGAAAUUGCAAAGUUUCUGUUGGGAAAAGGGAAUUAGCAAAACUUUCAGGUACAUGCAAUAUAAUGACACGCUCUCUCAGACGAAAGGACAUUAUUCCAAAAGAAGAACUUGUUCAUGAAACCCAAAACAAAGAUUUGCAGAAAACAGCUAUGGUAACUGUGAUAAAUCAAAGAAGAGGUAGAAGAAAAAUUAAUAAACUUGAGGCUGCUGAAGAAAAAUGUUCACUAUCUGGAGGCAGUGAUAAUUUUCCUAAUGAACAAAUUCUAAAUAAUGUUUCAAAUAAAAAAGUCUCCUUAAUGGGCAAGGCACCGAAAGUUCCUCAAAUAAAAACCAUGACUCAAAACAUCAAUAAAAAUGAUUCAUCUAAUUAUGACCAAAAUAAAAAUCUUAAGCACUCAAGUAUGCUGGUGCAAAAGAGUUCAUCAGAACGUGCGAAAAGAAAACAGAUUAACAAUUCAGAAACAAGUACCAUUGCUAACGUGGUGAAAAAUGUAAUUCCGGAAAAUAAAUCAACGGUAUCUAAAACAGUACAUACAGUGCAAACAAGAGGGAAAAAGAAAAAGAAAGAAGAAAAUACCACUCUGUCGGCUGAAUUGCCUAAAGAAACCGAACGCAGGACAAGAGCAAGCAAAAGAAUAAGAAAAUAGAUUAUAAUAUUUGUUCUGAGUGAAUUUUUUAAUCCAAAAAAUUACGGCCUUAAAACUGCGACAUUUGAAAUGCUUCAACAUUUGCUUCAGCUUAACCUAUGACAUUGAUAAUACCUAAUGCAAAUAUUUUGUAAAUAGCUUUUUAAAAUAUUUUUUAAGAUUUUUGUUGAAAAUAUU